UAUUAUAUAUACUUAAAGAUAAGUUCGAAUAUGUCUUAUUUUGUGAAUAACGGAUAAUAUUCAGAUGCAUAAUAAUUCAAAGACAGACGUGUUAUGUUAUAUUUGUAUUUCUCUCACCAAUAAACGUAAACUUAAAUUUAUCAAUGUAGCGUCGAACAUGAUAACAGGGUUAUUUAUACUCACUUACAAUACCUUCUAAUUUAGAAACGGCAUUAAUUUUGAAAAGACAUCAACACAAUAGUGCAAGUUAUAGAUACAAUGCAUAAGCGUUGAUUCAUGUUAUAUUUGUAUUUCUCUCACCAAUAAACGCCUCCGGGCGCAUGGUUUCUUUUUCAAGAAUCAACGCUUAAUCAUUGCAUCUAUAUUACGUACGUAUUAUUAGAGAUUUCCAAUAAAAUGACAUACGUACCUAACUCGACGUACGCACGUAACGGGAUCGGUUAUUGCUAACCUAUUAAUUUUGUUAAAUGCGUCCCUAAAGUUUUAACUUAGUAUUCCUAAACUAUUAAACCCAUGAAUGAUAAAUUUUAUCAAUAUCAAGUAUUUCUAAGAUGAUGAAAAAUGAAAGAAAUCAUCAUUUUUAUAUAUCACGUGAUUAUUGAGAUUCCCGCCAAAACUUUGCUGUCAUAAGACCACGUAUAUACACGUAUCUUUACCUAUCAUACGAUUGAUUUGAGUUGUCUUUCAUGGUUUUGACCAUGACUUUGUUCUUCGAUAUACUUUGCAAAUGAACCUUCUAUUAUUUAAUAUUUGACAUGCUUUUAUUUGUCGUUAUCAGAUUGGUGUCCCUUUUUCCUUUCGUCUCUUAAUGUUUUAAAAUAUUUAAUUUCCGUAGGUAUUUAUUUUUAGACAGAUUUUUCUAGCAAUUUCAGAAAUAUCGAAUUCAAAGUGUUAGUCAAAAUUUGUCUCUGUUAAAGUUGGGAUUGCGUCAUACAUUUAUUCAGCAUCAUUUCAAACGUUCUCUUCUUCUGUAGUUUAUCUUGUUUAUUUAUAAUCUCCGAUUUUCCCCAGGUACGACAAAGGGAUGUGUAUAUUUAAAAAAAAAUUAGUACAGGUCUUGUACUUCUUCUUUAAAUUUUAAUAGUUUCAACUAACAUUAGAAAAAAAAAAGAAUUUUGUAAAUAAUAAUGAUAUAUGUAAAUAAGUGUGUACACCAAUUCGUUAUAUAGAUUGUAAUUUGGAAGGUGUACUUGAUUAGCAAUUGAUGACUAAUCUGCAUAUAAACAUUGACCGCUUUGGAUAGUAAACUAUCAAUUUAUAGUACAUAGUAAUUGGCUAAAAAAUGUCCUGUCCCAAAAUAUCUCUGAUUAAAAGUGGAUGAGAAUGCCAAUUUAUAUACUUGUUACAUUUUUUAACUAUAAUGCCACUUCAGUUUAGUUGUUUUUAUUUUAUUUUUGGAUUAAGACAAGUCUUACUAAUCCAAUUAGAAUUGGAUUCUAAAACUAUCACAUAUUGAUUGAGUAAAUAAAAAAUUUGGAGUUUCAAUUUUUGUCUCGCCUUAGAGGUAUAUAUUUAUAUAUAAAAGUUUAACUCUACGACUUAUCCAUGCAUAGUAUCACCAGUGAAGAUGAUACACGGCUGAAAACACAUUUUAUAUUCAUAUUUACUUUAAAUAUGUAUAUAUUCUUUAUGUGCCUGUCCCAUGUCAGGAGCCGGUGGUUCACUUGUUGUCGUUGGUUCAUAUCUGUUAUAUUUGUUUUUCGUAAAUUUUUUUGUUUUAAAUCAGGCCGGUAAUUUCUCUAUUGAAUUGUUUCAUAUUUUCCAAGUUGGACCCUUUUGAAGUCGACUAUAUGGUAUGGAUUUUUCUCAUUGAUGAAGGCCGUACGAUUGCCUAUCGUUGCUUACAUCCACUUCAUUUCUUAUUGGCAAUCAUACCACAUCUCCUUAAUAUCUUUUAACUAAAUACGUUGAAUAUUCUCAGAUAAUUUAACAUGUAAGAAUCAGCUUUCAGUACCUGGGGGUACUUUAAGAUCGGUACUCUCUGUCUUUCAUCAUAAAAAUGUAAUUGUUUUGGGCUUAAUUCAAAUUUGAUUAGUUGAGCUAUUUCAAACUGAAUUUUACAGGUUUUUUUCUUACAUUGUGCUGUUACACCAGAGUGUUGAGCGCUGAUAAACGCGUUUAAUCAAACCAAAUUCUAUAUUGGCUUUCCCAAGUCAGGAGCUUUCAAUUCAGGAGAUGUCGUUGGUUACGUUCUGUCAUUUUUGGGUUAUUUUUACUCUUGUAAAAAUAUUUAUUUUCGUUUGAACUGUUUACAUUUUUCAAAGUCAAUGCCUUAUAUACACUAGUAUCUGAUAAUACGGUAUGAGUAUUUGCUUAUUGUUGACAACAGCACGAGCCACUGUAGUCGUUAUUCACGCCAUUUAGACUCUGUUUGAUAGUGUGGCGCUCCACACGGAUCCAGGUAUAUACAUGUCGGAGUGUAAGGAAUAAAUCGGAAAAAAAUGCAUGCUAAGAAUACUUAUGCUUUUGAAGAGAAAUUGAAAAUAUUUGCUGAAAGGACAGACUGGCGGACGGACAGGACAGACAGGGUGAUUGUAAUAUGAGUGCGGGUACAAUAUUUUGUCAGUUUAUGUAUCUUAGAUGCUAGUGGUAAGGAAGUCUGGAUCAAAACGGGGUAAUCUUUACUUGUUAAAAACAUUUUAUACUAUUUAGAAUAAUAAUUGCAUGCCUACUGGAUAUUAAUACAAUAGCAAGUGGAAGCUCUGAAACACCAUUUUACAGUAAAAACUGAGCUUUUUGAUACAGAGAAACAAGGAGAAAAAUCAAAUAAAUUAAAAUAAACAAGUAUUGCUGGAAUAAUAAUAUAUGCACAUAAAGCAUAAAAUAUAUGUAAUAUUUAUCGCUGGAUAUACGACAAACAUCCGUUUCAUCAUCAUCAUCAUUAAUUAUUAAAGCUUGAGGCUAAAUCUUCGUCGUAUGUAUUAUAGCUUGAGGCUAAAUUCUUAUCUGAUAUUUUAGCCAAUUUAUGGCGAGAACUUAUUUUACGCAUGCAUCUCUUUGCUACAUAGGUUUUGUAAAUGUCCAAGUUAAGGCCAAUAGAGAUCAUAGAAGUAUGUUUAUCAAAUGAUCAUGUCUACUCAUAAUUAAAACAGUAAGAAAGGGAGUGACUCGUCCGACUAAAACGAAGCACAAAAACAGCAAUUACUAGUAUUUCCAAAUAAACUCCAUGUGCCGAUCUUAGAUUAUUCACAGCUACUGAACACAUCUUAAAAACAAUUACAACUAAUAAUCCAGUCUAGAAUAUUAAUCAAUUAUUUCGUACUGUUACACCACUGUACCAGGUAAGUGCGCUAACAUGUUUAACCCCGCCACAUUAUGUAUGGCUGUGCCUGUCCCAAGCCAGGAGCCUGUAAUUCAGUGGUUAUCGUGCUGUUGCUGUGAUUUUGUUCGUUUUCUGUACAUUAAUUAGACCGUUAGAUUUAUUGUUUUACAUUUGUCAUUCUGUGGUCUCUAAGAGCUGACUAUGCGGUAUGGGCUUUGUUCAUUGUUGAAGGCCGUACGGUGGCCUAUAGUUGUUAAUUUCUGUGUCAUUUGGUCUAUUGUGAAGAGUUGUCGUAUUGCAAAUCAUACUACAUCGUCUUUUUUUACAUAUCACAAAUGUAGUAUAAAAAGUACAUAAACAGUCUAGAAAAGCAAGACCUUUUGUCAUGUCAAAAGCACAGAGUGUUUGUAGGACCAUUAGUGUUCAUAACUGUAUAGCAGAUUAUAUGUAGUUUCUAUAAAAUGUAAUAAUAAUUUAUCGGCAAAAGAUCCAUGAUGAUUUGUUAGUGGAAUUAUAUAUAAAUAAAUAAAUAAAUAUUCAUUAUAAAAAGAAACAUUAGAAACAAGAUUAUUUGUCCAUUAGAUUGCACGCCAGUAUCACAUUUUCGUGUUAAGUGAGCUCUAAAUCCAGGAAAAAAUCCAAUUCAGUAUGUAGUCUUAAACUUUUAAAUCUCAAGCGAGAUGUCAAAUGGUCAAACAUUGUUGUUUUUAAAACGUAUUUAUCAAAGUCAAACGACAAUCAUUAUAUUCUUUUUGGUGCUAUACAAUUUUUGAUUAAGACUGGAUCCAAGAUAUUUGAAAAAAGGCGUAGUUCCCGAUAAUUGAAUUCAUACUGCCGAGCGUAGCGAUUCAAAAUAAAAAAAAAACAUUUGGACGAUUUAGUACUAAAAAUUUGUAUAGAUAACGUGGAAAACGUGAGAUUUUCAAAAUUAUUUGGCGAUCGAAAGGGGGGAGUACCCCCUCUUACCCUGUAUCCCCGAAUGCAUGUUAGGUAUACAUGGACAAAAACCUCGUCCCAUGCAUUAUUAUAGUUAAAGACGAAAAAGUACUAUUUGAUAAAUGUAUAAAUGAUAUGAAUUUCUGCCCACGUCAAAUUAUCUUGAAUUGAAUUAUACAAAAAUAAUUUUUAAAAAAGUUAGUCGCGUACACCUUUUUCAUUCGGGUGUGUUGGAUUCUACUUUUAAACGUUAAAUCUUAAAAAAAAAAAAAAAAAAAAGAUAACCCUCUCGCUUCGGAUUUCAUACUUUUAAUAUUUUCAUACUAAAUUUUACUUGGUAGUUUUUCAAAUUCAUAUUUUGAGAAGAACUGAAAUAUGGGUCAAGUGAAAUGACAAGAUAUGAUGGGUGCAUUUGAUUACAAGUUGCUAGCUUACUUAUUCCAUUAAAAUGUUUGUGUCAAUAAAAUCAUUCAAAAUUUAAUAACAAAUUUUUUAAAGAUUAAAAAAAGUAGUUGGGGUUGAUUUUUACAUUAAGUCUAUAUCAGCAAAAAAUGCGUGUUCAAAGAGUAAAAAUACAUGCAGUUUAUGCUCCCCUCCGUAAUGCUUCAAUGCAACAGGACGAAAUACGUUGAGUUAGGUCGGUUAUGUCGAGUAAAGUCAUUUUAUUGGAAAUCUCUAUUAAUCAAUAACAUUAACAUUAAUUCUUUAGUAAAUGAUAUCGAGAGAAAAACAAACAAAAGGUGUACAUUGUAUUAUUGCUCGGUAUGAGAUUUUCAUAAUGAGUCCUAGCUAUAAAAAAAUUUCAGUGUAUUUUAAGUAAAGAAUAAAACAAUAUUCAGUAAAAUUCAUUUUCAUUAUACAAUGAUACAGGAACCUCGAUUAAAAUUCCCCUAUAAUAACCGUUCAUUCAAAAUCUUGUAAUUAUUUUAACCAUCUUAAUGAAUACAUGAAGAUUAAACUCCCAUGUUUCAUUUGCCUUUGCAGGAAUAUCGGACUUAUGUGGUAGCUUCAAAUACGAGAUCAGCAAAGUACCUGAUAUAUUGAUAUCAACCCGAUAAUAAAACCAAAAAUAUGGACAAAAUUUUAGUUUCGGAAAUGUUUCCAAACGAAAAUCAAGGUACAGUUCCUCGAAGUAAACGGAAACACUCAGAUUCUGUUGAUGAUAAUGAAAAUAUAAAGAAGCAGAAAGUAGAUCUUCAAAAUGAGCAGGCAAAGGAUAACAUCAAAGUUGAAAAUGAAGAGAAGUUAUUGCAGUCAGAAAAUAAUGUCAGUCCCGAAAAUAAAGAAGAGAACAUAAGACCAACGCAUUCUGAAUUAAAUGAAAGUAAAAUCGCCCAUUUAAAAGAUGAUUACGCCUUUAAUCUCGAUCAAGAGAAUGAACUGAAAUCAAAUUUAACUAUCACUAGAAUUGAGAACGGCGAGGAGUCAAAAGAUUUGGAAAACCACCCAGUUUCUCAAAAAGACGAAAAUCAAUUUGAGCAGAGUGAAAUUUCCUGUGAGAAGGAGAAAACACAGGACAUAGACAUCAAUACUGUUAGUGAAACUGUGUCAGAAAGUGAUACCAUUCGCCAGAACAGUGAUGUCAGUUCAACAGGAAUCGAUACUUUAUACAGCCGUACAUCUGGAGUUCCAGAUCCCGAACCAAUAAAGAGAAAAGAAGCGAAAAAAUUUCGAAAGUUAUAUAGACUGAUGCGAGAAGGUGAAAACAAAGACAAUGGAUUAAUGGCGAAAAACCCGCGGUCAAAUACAACUGUGGCAGAGCAUGUUGCAAAUGGAAGCAACGAAGGAGAUUCUAGGUACAUAUCAACAUGUUCCACUCUUUCCGCAGCACAAAACUUGCUUAGAUUAAAAACAAAAAGUAAAUACAGAAACGGAAACAAAAAGAUCGUAGAAAUUGAUGUCAAUAAUCUACCUUUAGAUGUUGAUAUUAUUGAUCUCACAGAAGAAAAUCUCAGAAAAUCACAUGAAGCGCGGAAUGAUGACGACAUAAAGAGAAAAUUUCAUAGAUUUGCAGCCUCCCACGGGGAGGUCUUGCUUGUAGGAUAUAUACCUGCAGACUGUCUUAAAUAUACAUGAUAUAUCACCAGAAAUAUGUCUCUUUACAACGACAGUAAUGUUAUUUAUAUAAGGACACUAGCACGGGAUUUGGCGAGUUCUGAUCAAAAGCAUAAUGUGAUAAAUAUAAAAAUAACACUAAUUAUUUCUUUGUCUUUUUCAUUCUUUUCGACAUGAAUUUGAAACUGAAACUGUUGUGUGUUGUAUCUUCAUAAUUCACAAUAAUUGUUGUAUGUGUUUUAUCUUAAAAAUAAUGUUGUAAUAGCAAAUUUACAGAUUUUGUAGCAUAAAAUAUUACGUGUA